CGCAGAAAAAUGAUGUCUAAAAAGUAAAAAUUUUGUUUGACUCAAUUGUUUGUUUGACUAUUAUGUGUUAUUUCCAUGUAACUGAUGUAUUCAAAGACUAAGCUUAGAAGAACUUAGUCUAUCUACAGAAGCAGCCUUACAAUGGUGGGGGUUGAAAUGGAGCAGGGAGCAUUGUACUCUCCGGUGGUUGGGUUAAUCUAUGUGUUUAAUCUGAUUGUGGGGACAGGGGCACUAACAAUGCCUAAAGCACUUGGAGAAACUGGUUGGCUUUUAGGCCUGGUGCUGAUUAUUGCACUGGCAUUCAUGAGUUACAUGACUGUUACAUUUGUGGUUGAAUCGAUGGCCUCAGCAAAUGCAAUGAUUCGCUGGAAACAUUUGCAACGAAUGAAAAAGUCUGGGGAAAACAAAGCUGACUCUCUGAUGGUAGAUGACUUUACUGAUCAAAUUGUUGUACCAUCAGGUGCAAAUGAUAAAACACCAUUAUUAUCAGGGUCAACUGACAGCGCCCACUUCUAUGACAUCACACAGAAAAUAGAGAUGGGACAGAUGGCUCGCCUCUUUUUCAACAUUUGGGGCGUAAGACUGUUCUAUGUUGUUCUGGCAAUAUAUCUUUAUGGAGACCUUGCAAUAUACGCAGCAGCUGUACCAAAGUCACUCAGAGAUGUGGCAUGCACAUAUACUUUGUCCACCAACCAAACAAAUCAUUCCAAUAUAUUGCCUGAGAAUGCCCCCUGCUGGUCAGGUGCGGAACUAACCAGACUGAAUGCAUAUAGAAUAUUUGUAGCAGCAUUCACAUUCCUCCUGGGACCAUUCAUGUUUUUCAAUGUGCAGAAGACCAAAUACCUUCAAAUAUUUACAACUAUAAUGAGAUGGGCAGCAUUCCUGAUGAUGAUCAUAAUAGCAGCAAUACGCCUGAUUAAAGGUCAAGGUCAGGGCCAUCCCCCUGUUGCUAAUUUUACUGGUGUGCCAAACUUCUUUGGAGUUUGUGUCUACUCGUUCAUGUGCCAUCACUCUUUGCCUUCACUAGUGACACCUAUCAGGAACAAGUCAAAGCUGAAAGUUCUCUUUAGUGCUGACUAUAUACUCAUUCUAGGAUUUUACCUUCUCCUGUCAUACACUGGAAUUUUUGCGUUUAGCAAUAUAAAGGAUUUGUACACACUGAGUUUUAACACUGAUUCAGUCAUCAGUGUGAAGUUUAUACAGUAUUUCCUUGCUUUAUUUCCAGUUUUUACAUUAAGUACGAAUUUCCCAAUCAUUGGGAUUACACUGAGAGAAAAUAUCAAAAGUAUUUUUUACAGGGAUGGAAGAAAGUCAAGGUAUUUUUGUAUAGAUAGGUUAGUUUUCCCAAUUGUCACACUUCUUCCGCCUGUCAUUGUUGCAUUAAUCACAGAAGAUGUUGAAUUUUUGGUGGGGAUAACAGGCUCAUAUGCUGGCUCUGCAAUACAGUACAUAGUCCCAGCAGCUUUAGUCUAUUAUAGUCGUAGAGAUAUGAACUUGGCACUGGGCAGUGAGGUAAAAAACACUCAGAAAUCACCUUUUGCCAGUGUAUUUUGGGUAGGUUUUACACUCAUUUGGGCAUUAAGUUGUAUUUCUUUCGUAACUGUAAACCAUAUUAUCACUAAGAAAUAGCAAUCAACUGAACUAAUCUAUACAGAAUUUGAGAAACAUGGUAUUAUGGCACAUGCUUUCAAGCAAUAAGGUCAGAUAUCUUCUCAUCUGAACACUUUAGAAUUGAGCUAGAAUAUGUAUCAUGAAUACCCUUUCUGGAAGUUGCAUAUAAUCACCCUUCAACAUGGUUGCAAAUAACAGGUGGCACUAUAGAUAUGUGGCUUCUCCAAUACAUGUUCCUGUGGCUGUUCCAUGAUUACAAGUAAUGGAUCUAUUAGGCUAGUUCUGAACUGAUCCUUUCUGUAAAAUCAAUCAUUUUUCUCAUUAGCCUAUUGUAUCGUUGCAUUUUUUUACUUCGACAAGAUUGAUAACUUGUCUGCUCCAUUUUUUACCCUAGUCAGUGUAAUUUGAUAUGAGAAUUUCCAGUGCAUCCUUGGGGGCUAUAUUGUGGUCAAACUGUUGAGGGUUUUGAAAUGUUGAAGAGGUUUCUUGGUAUGAGAAUGUAGAACUGCAUAAAAUUACUAGUUUUUGGCCAUGUUAGGUAAAAUCUAGUGUGUAAAGUUUUGUCUGUUUUCAGCCAAAAAGGAGUGUUAUUUUUAAGUAAGAUAUAAGUGGGCAGGCAAUGAGGCAUUCUAAUUAAAGCCAAAACAUUAAUUUUUACAAAAAUUUAAGAGUGCAUUUGAAGGUCAUAAUCCCUGUGAAAAUUAUGAAACAAUUUUUAUCUAAUGUAUAAGUGACACCUUUUAGAAGGCUACCAUAAUAUGAACAUGUAUUGUAUUUUAUUUACAUUUCUUGUAAGAGCACCCUGUAUUGGUGUUCCACAAUAUUCUAAGUGCAAUAAAUAAAAAAUAAAUAUGAUCUAAAAAGAAAAAA